AAGUCAAAUAAAAACAAACACACCCUAAUUUCCUUGCGAACCCUAAACAAGAACGGAGGGAGGAAGCAUCUGUUCAGAAAGGGAGCGUCGCUACAAGCCUUAUCGAGUUUGGUUCGAAUCAGUCGAAGCCAAGAAGGAAGAAGCUAUGAAGAAUUUGAAGAAGGGUUCUGCCCAAUUUUCUUCUUCUAAUGACGGAGCCCUGGACUUCCUGCCGUUGGAGGGUGGUCCAGCAAGAGGUCUUCCGAAGGCUAAUAUUCGGGAACGUAAAGCUACCGUUCUGUAUAUUGGGAGGAUUCCACAUGGAUUUUAUGAGGAUGAGAUGGAAGCUUUUUUUACGCAGUUUGGUAAAGUUAAGAGACUCAGGAUUGCAAGAAAUAGGAAGACUGGGAAAUCAAAGCAUUAUGGAUUUAUUGAAUUUGAGUCUCCUGAGGUUGCAGAAGUUGUAGAGGAAUGCAUGCAUAAUUAUCUGAUGUAUGAGCAUCUGUUACAAGUUCGUCUUGUUCCCCCAGAAAAGGUUCAUCCAAAAUUAUGGAAAGGUGUGAACCGCAUGUACCAACCUGUCGAUUGGGUUCGAAUUGAAAGGAAGCGCCAUGACAAGGAACGGUCGCUGGAGCAGCAGCAGAAGUUGGUUGCCGGAAUAGUGAAGAGGGACAAGAAACGACGCAAGCAGAUCGAGGAUGCGGGUAUUGAUUAUGAGUGCCCACAACUUGUGGGGUGUACACAAGUUGCUCCCAAGAAGAUCAGAUUUGAUGUUGAUUAGGUAGAAAACUGAAAUUGUGAUUCUUUUAUGCAUCAUGCAGUACUUGUCAUUUUUUACUUGUUUCAUCAAACUGUCUAAACACGAGUAUAAUACUCCUUCGGCUACUAUAAUUUUUCUAUUUUAGAUUAUUUAAUUACAAAUUAA